AUUUGAGGACAUAAAGAUCCAGACGGAGCCCUGAAGGGAAGCCACUGACUGUAUCUGAGAGGACAUCACUGAGAUAUCACCAUGUCAGAUGAUGUCGAAAAUAACACAAGCUACGACUAUUCAUCCUAUUAUAAUGGAGUUAUAUAUGAUAGUUUCAGUCCUUGCAGCAACACCGAGUUGGUGGAUUUUGGCAGGGUCUUUCUGCCCACUCUCUAUAGUUUGGUAUUCGUCCUCGGCAUCAUAGGCAACGGUUUAGUGGUGUGUGUUCUGGUGAAGCACCGCAAUCAGACCAACCUGACAGACAUCUGCCUCUUCAACCUGGCCGUCUCCGACCUUGUCUUCGUCGUCACGCUGCCUUUCUACGCUCACUACUCCAUGGUCGGUCAUUGGCCUUUCGGAGACUUCAUGUGCCGUUUCGCCUCUGGGUCCCAUAACACAGGGUUCUUCAGCAGCAUCUUCUUCAUGGUUGUCAUGACACUGGACCGCUACCUGGUCAUCAUGCACACUAAAAAGGUGGCAAAGUAUCGCACUCUGAGGGCAGGCUUCGCUCUCACCGCGUUCGUCUGGACUCUGAGCUUGUGUGUCUCUCUGCCCGCCAUUCUCUUCACAAAGGUGACAAAUGAGUCUAACGGGCUGUCUUGCAACUACGAACCGGAAAACAAAGCCUGGAGGCUCUACAACAUCUUCACCAUGAAUGUAUUGGGUCUUGUGAUUCCCUUGUUGGUGAUGAUAGUUUGCUACUCCAGGAUGAUCCCCAUACUGAUGAACAUGAUGAGCACGAAGAAGCACCACGUUGUCAGGCUGAUCAUCUCCAUAGUGGUCGCCUUUUUCCUAUUCUGGGCCCCGUAUAACAUUUCCCUUUUUUUGGAGUUUCUGAAAUCUCCAGCUAUAUCGGGCGAUUGCGACUCGGAGGCAAAUUUGAAGCUGUCAAUAACAGUGACCGAGACCAUUGCUUACACUCACUGCUGCCUGAACCCCAUCAUAUACGCCUUCGUGGGACAAAAGUUCAUGGGAAGGGUCUUGCGCAUGCUGAGGAAAUGGGUGCCUGGGAUUCUCCUUCCUUCGGCCAGAGAGUUUUCAGAUAGCUCACACAGGAAAAGCUCAUUCAUGUCCAGGACCUCUGUUACCUCCAAUCUCAUCAUGUAGGAGGCAGAUGCCAGAUUAUGUUUGGUUUCAUGGACAUUGCUUGAGCGUUGACAUGUUUUGAUCUGGGUAUUACUGCGGGCCGUAUUAUCAUUGUUCAUGCUGCAGGAUUUGUUUUGUCACAUACAUUUCCCACCUAUGAAAGUGUUAGUCAUCAGCAUUGUCUAAUCUUAAAAAGUGCCAUGAAUGUGUACAUAUCAUAUUUAGACCCUGUUUGAUUUUAAUACAUUUCAAGUUUACACUGGAAUAUUUUAUAUUGACGACGACAUGUCAGAUGUGUAGUGCCAUCAAGUGUGAUCUGAUGAUCAUCAGUAUCACUUUAUGAUCUCAGGUCAUUUCUCUCUGUGCUAUGCAAUGCCCCUCCAUUUUCGGCUGAUCAUUUGACUGUAAACCAUGAACCUUUUAUGUUUGAACUGCUGUAACCAUAAAGUUUGUUUAUGCAUUGUUGAUGUGCUUUAAAAACGUUCACAUGCUGGUUGAUGCACCUGCAAGCUAAAGAGGAACAUUCAUGCUGUAUGGUGUUAAA